AUGCCCUCCGGCGGCACAUUCCCCCCUUCGACCCCGAAGCGGCGCAAGCUCGAAUCGGAACCGGAUCUGACGUCCGUAUCAUCGUCGCACGAAUCUCCCUCGACUCCCCUCGCCGGUCCGGUAGCUGAGGAGUUCAUCGGCAUCCCCGAGCUUCGUCAGCGUAUGCUGGGCUUCCUCUCCCCCCUUGAGCUCACAAGCUUCAUGAGGGUCAAGAGGGAGUUCAUGUAUGACACAGCCAAGGUGCUGUAUCACACCAUGCCGUAUAAUCAUGUGAGGCUGCGCAUGAGCCAGUCGGGAAGUGCUCGUCAGAAGAUGUACUGCGACGCCGUUCACACCAUCGAUGCGACCACCAUGACCCUCUCGCCCACGGUGUUGCGCGAGCUCAACAUCGAGAACCUUCCGGCAAGCGGGACGGCGCGCAAGACCCACAUCGCGAAGUGGGUCUCACAAUAUCGGCCUCAACUCAUCAACGUCCUCGUUCCUCAGCUCCGGGCAAAGUGCUCUGGCCUCCAGAGUAUCCACUUCGGCAGCCCGUACAAACCUUUCGGUAAACGGUCGUGGACCGUGCACUUUCGCCGCGCCAUGGGCAAACGCUGGGACAUGCCAGACGAGGCAGUCACUGCCGACUGGCAUAUCACGUACGCGGUCACGCGUACCCUCGACCUCUCUCUGCCUCCCCCAAAGAGGUUCCAACCCAGUCGUCCUCGGUCUCCCUCGGAGGCCUUCGUAAUGCGCCCUCGGUUCGACCUGAUGUUGGGCGCUAGCGGGCCCACAGUACACGCCGACUGGCUGACUGUCCGUGGUCUGAAAGGCCGGAAGCCUCUCAGUGACAUCUGGCGCGCCGUCAACUUUGGCAAGCUACCGGUCGAGCUUGGCCUAAUCACUUCGCUCUUCAAGCGUCAAAGGUCCGCCGGUCAUCCCGAACGCCUGCAGCGGGUCGUCGCCGAGUACUUCGCGCCAUACAACUUCGCGGCGUUCCAAAUCUUCGCUCGGGUCGCCGGUACAUCCAUAACACAUCUCGCUUUGGCGGAUCGCUACGAUGCAUCAGGAGUAUGCCUAUCCUUUGCACAACUCCCCGAUAUCAUCCUUCUCGUUCAAUCCCACCUGCCCAAUCUCAGCGUUCUUCGCAUUGCGUUGAGCGGAAUUGCCCAAUCCGAAAGGCUCCUCAAGGACAAGCUAGUUCCAGAGCUUCUCGAUUCACCCGGUUCAAUUCGCACUCUCAAGAUCUUCGCGGAGCCUUCCUAUGCCGGCGGGCUGUUCAAUACAAUCCGGAUACUGGCGCGUCUCUGUGGAAAAGGAGCCGAGCUGGAUAUCAGUAACUCUUUCAAGCAGGUAUGGGGCAGUACGAUUCAGUCUGAUUUACUGAGAUACCUCCAAAGUAGCACACAGCAAAGGCGAUAUCACCUGGCGAUUGCGGAUUUCGGACGCAUGGGCAUCUCCAUGCCCCACAGUAUCUUUGGCCUCAGCUACUAUCCGGAUGGUCGACCCAUCUCCCCUCGCGACAGGCCUGCGUCAGCACCAUCGACUACCGCUCAGACAGCUGCUGCAUCCUCUACGGUCAACCUACUUCCCGGACGACUCGGUGCCCCAGGCGCCAUCCUCUAUCCCAGCAACGGCAACACGACUUAG